GGAAGAGCAGCGAGCGCCCGUGUUCACGUCUCGCCCCCCGAGAGAGGAAAAUAGCGGCGGAGUUACUGCAAAAUCGGGGUUGGGGGGGUGGGGGAGGAGGAGGAGGUCCCCAUGGAGUCGCACGGCAAGGAGGACCCGAAGGGCCCCGUGCUGCACAUCGUCGUGGUUGGAUUUCACCACAAGAAGGGCUGUCAGGUGGAGUUCUCCUACCCGCCGCUGCUCCCCGACGAGAGCCAUGACAGUAGCUCCCUGCCAGAGGAGUGGAGGUACCUGCCUUUUCUGGCGCUGCCUGACGGGGCCCACAACUACCAAGAAGACACGGUUUACUUUCACCUGCCGCCCCUGAGUGGAGACAUGAAGUGCGUGUACGGAGUUUCCUGUUAUCGCCAAAUAGAAGCCAAGGCCCUGAAGGUCCGGCAGGCUGACGUCACCAGGGAGACGGUCCAGAAGAGCGUGUGUGUCCUCAGCCGAGUGCCUCUUUAUGGUCUGCUACAAGCAAAACUACAGCUCAUCACGCAUGCCUACUUUGAAGAGAAAGACUUCUCUCAGAUCUCUAUCUUGAAGGAACUGUACGAACACAUGAACGGCUCCCUGAGGGGCUCCACGCUGGAGGGGUCACAGGUCUACCUUGGGUUAUCGCCAAGAGACUUAAUACUGCACUUUCGACACAAGGUCCUAAUCCUCUUCAAGCUAGUUCUCCUAGAGAAGAGGGUCCUGUUCUACGUGUCUCCUGUGAACAGACUAGUCGGAGCGCUGAUGACGGUCUUAUCGCUGUUUCCAGGCAUGAUAGAACACGGACUGGUCGAGUCCUCCCACUACCGGCCAAAGAGCAGCGUCUCUGAUGACAUCGCUCCCGUGGAGAGUGGCUUGGGUGCCGAGGAGUUUGUCUCCAUCUCCACCAUAGACAUCAACACCACCCUGGAGCUGACGGGGAUGGAGGAGGAGGAGGAGGAGGAGCAGCCCCCCCCACGGGGCCCGGUAGAGACCCGGUCCUUAGGGGCCGCCGCGGCGGGCGACAACCAUCACCUCAAACCGCCGUCACGCACCUCCCCGGAGUCCUCGGAGAGCGACUGGGAGACGCUGGACCCCGGCGUGUUGGAGGACGCCAGCCCCGAGGAGCCCACGCAGGGGAGAGAUGCGGCGUCGGAGCACCCGGACGCCUUCGAGCCCCUCCAGCCGGGGAUCCCCAUCACGGUGCAGCCCCAGUCCACUGGGGGCCAGGUCACCCAGGGCCUGGUCUCUGGGCUGGAAGAGAACCAGUACGGACUGCCCCUCGCCGUCUUCACCAAGGGUUACCUCUGCCUGCCCUACAUGGCCCUACAGCAGCAUCACCUCCUCUCGGACGUCACCGUGCGCGGUUUCGUCGCCGGGGCGACCAACAUCCUCUUCCGCCAGCAGCGACAUCUGAGUGACGUCAUCGUUGAUUUGGAGGAAGCUCGUAUCCAGAUCCAGGACCCGGAGCUGCGGAAGCACCUGAGCCUGACCACAGCAGACCUGCGCUUCGCCGACUACCUGGUCAAACACGUGACGGAGAACCGCGAUGACGUUUUCCUGGACGGCACCGGCUGGGAGGGCGGAGACGAGUGGAUCCGAGCCCAGUUCACCCUCUACCUGCACACCUUGCUCUCCUCCACCUUACAGCAAGAUAAUGAGAGGCUGCUGGCGGACUUCGGCGUUCCCUUCAUGGCAGCGUGGAAGAUCACCCACAACUACCGUGUGUGGCACAGCAACAAACACCCCGCCAUGGCCGAGAUCUCCCCGGGACACCCGUUCCAGGGUCAGUACAGCGUCACCGAUGUGAAGUUACGCCUGUCUCACUCGGUGCAGAACAGCGAGCGAGGCAAAAAGCUCGGCAACGCCGUCAUCACCACCAGCCGCAGUAUGGUGCAGACCGGAAAGGCAGUUGGUCAGACGAUGGGCGGAGCCCUCACCAGCGCCAAGUCGGCCAUGUCCUCCUGGUUCUCCACCCUGGCCCAACCGGCCGCCGUGGCCAGCCCGGCCUGCGACGUCGAGCCGGCCACCGAGGUCAAGCCCUGACACCCAGCACCCGACCUUCUCGGCCCAGGACAUACCUUCGCCUCACUGGACCCCCACCCCCCCCCACCACCACCACCCCCACCCACCCCUCCCCCUCCUCCUCGCUGCCCCGUCAGUCGAAGGGAAAGAUGAGUCGGGGUUGUUUUUUUUUCUGCCGUUAAUGAAGGAGUCAUCAGCAAAACAUGAAAAGAUACC